AUGUGUUUCAGGAAUAUAAAUGGGGCGAAGCCAUAUUUCCAAAAAGUAGACUUGCUUUCAGCGUCGUUUCGUGUAGAUUCUCUCACCAUCUGUUUCGAUAAGAACCCUCUCCCCGAAAUCCCAAAUAUCUUUCUUUCCUCCUCUCGUCUCUCCUUUUACUCGGCUUUUGAUCCAACAGGUAUAAUGAUUAAAUUGUUUAAAGUUAAGGAGAAACAAAGGGAACUUGCAGAAAAUUCUAAUGGCAAACCACCUGUUAAGAAGCAAAGUGCAGGUGAAUUGCGUCUUCACAAAGAUAUAAGUGAAUUAAACCUACCCAAGACAUGUAGCAUAUCAUUCCCAAAUGGAAAAGAUGAUCUCAUGAACUUUGAAGUAACCAUUCGGCCUGAUGAUGGAUACUACUUAGGUGGCACAUUUACAUUCACCUUCCAGAUUUCAUCCAUCUAUCCCCAUGAGGCACCAAAGGUCAAAUGCAAAACUAAAGUUUAUCACCCCAACAUUGACUUGGAUGGAAAUGUUUGCCUCAACAUUCUUCGUGAAGACUGGAAACCCGUCCUUAACAUAAACACCAUCAUCUACGGCUUGUAUCAUCUUUUCACGGAGCCGAAUCAUGAGGAUCCACUGAACAGAGAAGCAGCUGCAGUGUUGAGAGACAACCCGAAGAUGUUUGAGUCGAAUGUGAGAAGAGCAAUGGCAGGUGGGUAUGUGGGCCAGACCUUCUUCACCAGGUUGGUGUUAGAGCAAAGGAUUAUCCGAGGUUCUUCCUCGAAGGUUUGCAACACGAUGGCAGGCGAAGAUUCUGUUGUUACUCCUGAGAAUGUUGAUGAUUGUGGCAGAGAAGCUGAAAAACGAAUACCAAAAGGUCCAAGUCUCGAAGCCAAUCCAGACCCCCUCCCAUUCCGCCCAACCGCUCCGGGGAAGCUGUUGAAACUCGAGUUCUGA